UGCUGCUGUUGCGUUGCAGGGCUCGGGAUGGACUUUCUGACGCUCUUGGUGGUUUACUUGUGUUCCGUCCUCGCUGCCGUGGCUCUGCUCUGCGCCUGCUCGGGAAGGAAGGCGAGUUUCCUCGCAAGAAGUGUCAGCGGUGCGAGCCAGGUAUUGUCAUUUGUAAUCCCCACACAGCUCCAGACCGCGACACAGAGGGUGCUUCACAGGCUCUUCCACACAAGAAGCUGUUUGUUCGUCGUCCUGCACGUAGCCUUGCAAGCUGCAGUGUAUGGGGAGUACACAUGGGAAGUGUUUGUUUACUGCUGGGAGCUGCAGUUCCACCUCCUCCUCCUCCUGCUGCCCUACCUGCUGCUGGCUGGGAACAUGGGCUGCUUCAUUCUCUGCUCCCGGGCCAAUCCUGGUAUAAUAACAAAAUCAAAUCAUGCAUCGUUGGUUAAGAUUUAUGCGUAUGAUGGUGUGUUAUUUCAGAAAGGCAUCGUGUGUCCUACGUGCAACAUGGAGAAGCCAGCCAGAUCAAAACAUUGCAGUUUCUGCAGUAUGUGUGUACAUCGUUUUGAUCACCACUGUGUGUGGGUCAACAACUGCAUCGGUGCCUUCAAUGCAAAGUAUUUCUUCCUGUACCUCGUCACACUGACUGCCAUGGCUGCAACCGUUGCGAUCGUCACAGCAGCGCUUCUCAUCCAAGUGGUGCUGCUGUCAAACAUGAUGCGCGGGAGUUACAUUGAUGACCAAGGGCAAGAGCGUGCUGUCGAGAUUCUCUUCCUCAUUCAGCACCUUUUCUUGACUUUUCCUAGGAUUGUCUUCAUGCUUGGUUUUGUUAUUCUUCUCACACUCGUACUGGGUGCGUACUGCUGCUUCCAUCUAUAUUUGGCCUUAACCAACCAAACUUCCAACGAAUGGUAUAAAUCCAGAAGAUACGGGUGGUCCCACCAUCUAACACUGCAGCCUCAUGACAGACGUGUCUACAAAAACACUUAUUCUAAAGGAGUCUGGAUGAAUUUAAAGGAAAUCUUUAAGCCUCCUACAGUGUUGGAAAGAAAGAAGAAAACAUGAAGACAUUAUAUGUGCCUUUUCAAACUUUUUGUAAGACUUUAUUUCAGCAGCGUGCUUUGAUGCCCCAAACAACUUUUGUAAAGAGAUCACUGUAUUUCAAUGAAGUAAUUGGAAACUAUGUUUUCAUAAAGCCGACCAGUCUUCAAAAAACUAGAGUUCUUCCAAGUUUAUCUGUAACACUGCUCGUACCAGUUCUGACAGUGACCCGUUAGUCUUUCCAGACACAAUCGCAGUACUGAAGCAAGCUGUACUAGA